CCAGAGCCUGGCUGAACACACAGAAAAAACUGCCGGAGUCUCCCGGAGCCAAGUGAAACCCCGCAGCAGAGUCCCGGAGCCGGUAAAGCCCCGUCGGAGGCUUCCGGAGCCCAGCUGAACCCCGCAGCAGAGUCCCGGAGCCGGUAAAGCCCCGUCGGAGGCUUCCGGAGCCCAGCUGAACCCCGCAGAAGAGCCCCGGCGCCGGCAAAGCCCCGUCUCGGAGUUCCGAAACCCUGCUGAUCCUCCCAGAAAAGCCUCAUUGGAGGGUCCUGGAACGCGGUUCAACCCCCAGCAGCAUUCCGGUGCCGGCAAAGUCCCGUCCGAGGCUCCCGGAGCCGGGCAGCACCGAGAAGCCGAGCCCCGCCAGGGGCAGCAGGUCUCGCCGAUCUCCCGGGGACCCGCGCUGGGAAGAAUCUCCGGAAUCCCAUUUGGGUGAACGGUGGUGGUGUUGGCCCCGGGGGCUCAAACUGCCCCCCGGUUCCCUCUCCAUGGACUGAGAUGGCCUCGGAGCUGGCCAUGAGCGCGGAGCUGCCCACCAGCCCCCUCGCCAUCGAGUACGUGAACGAUUUCGACUUGAUGAAGUUCGAAGUGAAGAAGGAACCGGCGGAGGCGGAGAGGCUGUGCCACCGUCUGCCGGCCGGGUCCCUCUCCUCCACCCCGCUCAGCACGCCCUGCUCCUCCGUGCCUUCCUCGCCCAGUUUCUGCGCUCCAAGUCCUGGUGGACAACCAGCACCAGGUCCUCCAACUACUACGGCUGCUUCCCUGGGCUCCAAACCUCAGCUAGAGGAGCUGUAUUGGAUGUCGGGUUACCAGCAUCACCUGAAUCCCGAAGCUCUCAACCUGACACCGGAGGAUGCGGUGGAAGCGUUGAUCGGAGCUCCACACCAUCAUCAUCAUCACCAUCAAGGUUACGAGCCUUUCCGACCUCAACCUUUUGGAGGUGAGGAGCUUCCACCGGCAGCUCAUCAUCAUCCCGGUCACCACCAUCACCACCAUCACCAUCUGCGUUUGGAGGACCGCUUCUCCGACGACCAGUUGGUGAGUAUGUCGGUACGAGAGCUCAACCGGCAGCUGCGGGGCUUCAGCAAGGAGGAGGUCAUCCGCCUCAAGCAGAAGAGGAGGACCUUGAAGAACCGAGGCUACGCUCAGUCCUGCCGUUACAAGCGGGUCCAGCAGCGGCACAUCCUGGAGAACGAGAAAUGUCAACUCCAAAGUCAAGUGGAACAGCUCAAGCAAGAGGUGACCCGCUUGGCCAAGGAAAGGGAUCUGUACAAAGAAAAAUACGAGAAGUUAGCCGGCCGGGGGGGCUUCCCGAGGGACCCCUCCCCAUCCACAGCCCCCAAACCCACCGCCGACUUCUUUAUGUGAGCCACAAACCCAUGGGUGGUGGCGGUGGUGAGGGGUGUCCCCUUUUUUGUCCUCAUGUAGGGUGAGAAACCCCUCUGCUUGUAUAAAAGUUCAUAUUAUUAUUCC